AUGAGUUCAAAGAAAAAAGGAGCCCUGUCAAAUGCACAGCUGAAGAACAAACAACUUGAUGUUACCAAAGCGUCCACUGUUAUUCAAACCUAUGUACAAAUGAUCCUGCAGCAACCGGAUUUAAAGCUCGUUGCCCUCCCUAAUCUCCCAGCACACCAGCAAACUGCUCGCUCUCAUGGAAAUAACUGGAACGCUACGAUUCUUCCACUGAUGGCAAARACUGAUGCUGAUAUUAUCGACUAUGCCAACAAGUUUGAAGCUUUCUACGAAGACUUGGUCAAGUACGCCAAGGACCUGAACAACCCUGAGUCGAGGAAAAAGUUCGUGGAAGGACUAAAGUUGCUACAAAAUACUAUCAAGAAGAAGGAUGCCAACGUGGCUCAGGUUGUCAAAGAUUUGUCCUCCUUUCACACCAACCUCAACACUGAUUUUGGGAACUUCGAAUCAGAUGUGAACACGGCAGCGGUCAAGAUCGAGGGGGACAGUGGUGAGAUUAAGUCUCUGAGUAAGCAGCUUGAUGCAAUUAGCGACGCUAUGGACAAGGACAUCGGCCUGAUGGCUGGAGGGGCAGUUACUAUCGUUGCAGGAGUGGCAAUGAUCGUGUUCGGUGCUAUCUCUGAAAUCCCUUCUGGAGGUAUGUCAACCGCUCUUAUAGGUGGAGGGGUGCUAGUGGUAUCUGCCGGUACAGUUAUGGAGACCUUUGGAUCUCAAGACUACAGCCAACAGAUCGAAAAACAGAAGUCUACACGUGAAAAACUAAAAGGAAUCAAAAUUGAACUGGUUGGCCUCAAGACAACCAAAGGUCAAAUUGGUAACUUCGUCAAAGCUUUACAAAGUGCCAUUACAGCAGCCUCAAGUCUUCAAGCUGCAUGGGGGGCGCUGGAUGCCGAUCUACAAGAGCUUAUCACCGCCUUGCAAGAUGUAAAUCCUGAUGAUGGYAGCUGGGUACUGGAUGAACUCAGUCGUGCUAAAAAAGACUGGGCAGAUGCCUUGGAUCAGGCCAAGAAACUGCAACCUGAUGGAAAGGUGCCUACCAAAUUGUACCAGAAUCUACAGGAUGCUUUUAAAGAAAUGAAACCACGUGGAAGUGCAUGA